GGACAGAAGGCGUCUCGCCGCCUCACGCUUCACAUGCUGGCAGCAGAGACGACAGGAAGUGAGGAGAGAUGGAAACAACCAGACAGACUUGAGGAAACAAAACAGCUUUUAUUUUGAAAUUAUUUGAGGCUGUUUUGUUUUUUUCUCUGAAAGAUUUUUUUUAUUUUAUUUUUGUGAUAAAACAUAAGAGGACGAUGCUGCUGAUGGUCGAGGUCGUCAUGGCGAUGAUGGUGGCCCAGGUGAAGGGAGCACGGGUGGUGAGCGGUCAGACGGUGUGUAUGGGGGGUCCAGAGCGUCCCUGCUAUAAGAUUGCAUAUUUCCAUGAUGUGUCGAGCCGUGUCGCAUUCAGGGAGGCACAUCAGGCCUGUGAGAUGGACGGAGGGUCGUUGCUCAGCAUCGAGAGUCCAGCCGAGCAGACAGACAUCGAAAACCUGCUGCAGGAGCUGCGUUCAGGAGCAGUGGGAGGUGCAGGAGGAGGUGCAGGAGGAGGCGGUAUAGCAGAUGGUGAUUUCUGGAUCGGUCUGACUCGGGUGGAUGGAGUCGAUCAGACUCAUCCUGAACUCAGCAACACCUUUACUUCCUGUCCGCAGCUCUACCACUGGACUGACGGCAGCCUAGCCUCCUUCAGGAACUGGUAUUCUGACGAGCCUUCCUGUGGAGGAGAGGCCUGCGUCGUAAUGUAUCAUCAACCAACUGCCUUUCCUGGUCUGGGCGGGGCUUAUCUCUACCAAUGGAAUGACGACCGCUGCAACAUGAAACACAACUUUAUCUGCAAAUAUGAACCAGAGAGCCAUCUUGUGAAGGAACAUGUUAACACACCUGGAGGGCAGGGCACAGAGGCGACUGCAGGUGGGGGUGUGGUCAAACAGCCUGCAGGCAGUGAGGAGGUCCCCCCUCAGGUGACCAUGGCUGGAGCUUCAGGCAUGUUACUGGUGUAUGUCAUCAUACCCACAAUCCCCCUGCUGCUGCUCAUCCUGGUGGCUUCUGGGACGUGUUGUUUUCAGAUACUCAGCAGAAGUACUCCCCGCACCAAGACCACCUCUGCCAACCAGUCCAACCUGUGGAUCACCAGGACGCCCAAACCAGACAGCAUGGAGGUCUGACGGUGCCCGGUGACAUCACAGUGACAUCACAGAGGGAUGACGUCACUUUACAGCUCAGCCAAUCAUCUUCAUCGUACGAUGACGGACAGGCGGAGCUCUGAGAGGACUAUGAUGUCAUCAUGGAGGCUUUUUUUAUUCUGUGGGUUUAUUCUUUCCUUCCCUCCUUUCCUUCUCUUCCCUCCUCCUUUCCUUCUCUUCCCCCCUUCACUCCCUACAUACUAUACUUGCCUCCUUCUUUCCUUCUCUUCACUCCUUACAUGCUGUAUUUCCCUCCUGUAACGCCCACCAAUGUAAUAAUGUCCACAAACGUAAUAAAAAUCUGCAGCAUUUCAUGUAAUA